AUGGGCGACGCUCGGGACCGGGACCAGCUCCUCGACGCACUGGCCGAGGCCACCGCCUUCUUCGCAUCCGAAGGGCGGGCGCGCAUGGCCUUGCGGCGGCCAUCCCCAGAGCGCAGCCGCGUACUGCAGUGGCUCGGCGCCCUCAGCGCCACCGAGCGCGCGGCUGUGUGCACGGUCGUCGACGCAGCGUUUGUCCGCCUCGUGAUCGAAAUGAAGGCGGCUGCCAAGUCCAAGCUCAAGGCGCGCAUUGACCAGUUCCACGUGCUCCGCCCGCUCAAGGCCAAGGAGGCUUCCCGCGCCACGUUUAGCCGGCGCCCGUUGCUGCGCACGCGCGACGGCGACGACCUCACAUUGCCCUACUCGGCGGCCUACGACGAGGCGGCCACCGAGCUCGUGGCAAACUUGCUCAUCUUCAACGGUACCAAGUCGUGCGACACGAUCUCGCCGUCGACGACGGUCGUGGAGGACGUCGACCGCUUUGUGCGUCUCAUGGACGCACUCACAAAGGGUCACUUCUUGGCCAAAGAGCCGUCCGAGGCAACGCUCAAGACGCUGCCGUGGGCCGAGCAGCCCUGGCUCGCCGACCUCGGUUACUACUCGCUGGCGACCUACGUAGCACACCAAAUGGAGCUUCAUAUUUGGCGCCAGUUCAAGACGCAGUCGGUGCCACCGAUCGGGCUCUUCGCCAAGCGGCACCUCGUUGCGCAGUGGGUCGCGACCGAUGCCAGCGCACAGGCAACCGUGCUCCUCGGCGUGCAGCGAGACACAAGGACCUUCCUGCACGACUUUGCCGGGCGCUCGUGGCCAGCGUUGCGAGCGUCGCUGAGUCUUUUGGCCGAGGUCAUGCAGCCGGCACCUGCUCCCAUCAUGACGCCCGAAGCCAUCUUUAGCUGUACACUCACUGAGGCCGGCGCGCGACCGCAGUUUGCACUCAUCAAGAUGCUGUGGGCCGAGCACUUGCAGACGGCGUGCACAGGGCUCCUCGAAGCGUCGUUGGUGCCAGUACCGUUGACGACAACCGCAACGAGUCUCUCGGCCAAGCAGCGCAAGCGCAAGGAGCACAAGCGCCAGGCCAAAGAGAAGAAACGAGAGAAGGAACUCCACUCGCUGAGCCUUGGACUUGUCCACGCCGAGAUGCGUCGGCAGUUCAAACAGACCCAGCGCGACAAGGCCAUCGUCAAGCAAGUGCUCGACGACCUUGUCGAGCGUGUCGUUGCGCUGGCCCCCGCGCCACCAAAGCCGAAGCGGGUGAAAAAGAAGAAGAAGAAGGUGGUAGCACCGAUGCUGCACAGCGGCGACGAGCGCAUGCCGGGCUUCUUGCUCUUGAACCUGGACCAAGUGCCCGUGACGCCGCCCCGGCGCCGGUGCGUCUCCAUUGAAACGAACCCGGCAUUGGACGCACCGCUGGACAUGUCGACCUUUCUGAUGCCGCCGAAGCCGAGUAUGCGCUACCAGCACUACUUUAUUGAAGACGAGUCCAACGACUUUAAAGACGCGUUCGCCGCACCGUUCUCGCUGCCGUCGCCGACGCCCAAUGCCACGUUCUACUUUCCUGGGCCGACCGACGACCCGGCGUGCGAGUGGUACCUUCCGUCGUCGGUGCUCUCGCAGUCCUCUGGCAGCCGCGAAGAGUGGAGUGCGUUCGGGUGGCGGCCCGACGACGAUGCCACGUAUCCAAAAGACCGCACGGUGUGGCGCGCCGAGGUCCCUGCACCGACGUCCCGGUGUUACAUCGAUGCGAGCACGUCCCCGACGCCGACAACGGUGCCCGACGAGCAGGCAACUCGCCUCGAGGCGCUGCAGCGGCAGUGCGACGAGUACGCCAGUAACGUGGUCGCGCUGACGACCGAGAUGGAGGCGCUGCAAGCAACGCUCACCCAGUGGAAGCAAGAGCAGGCGCCCGUCGUCCCGACGCCCGAGCCAGCUCCUUUUGUGUCCGUCCCUCUCCUGCCGCCCCGCAGCAAGCUGCACUGGGACAUUUGCGAAUUCGUAUCGCAGCUGCAAGCCGAGACACAGCACCGCCUCGUCGCCCACACGGCCGUGCGUCGCUUCUGCGUCUCGGCCGUCCAAGCGCUCUGGCCGCGGGCGCAGGUGCGGCCGUACGGGUCCUUUGUCACAGGCCUCUCGCUUCCAUCCAGCGAUCUGGACUUGGCCCCUGGUGUCCUCGAAGGCCGCAACGCGAUCAAAGAGACGUGGCAGCAGCACCUCGCGCGCAAGCUGCGCACCGAGCCUUGGGUCGUGCCCGAGUCGGUCAAGACGAUUCCGAACGCGUCGAUUCCGAUCAUUACAUUGCUGACGACGUCGCCGUACAACGUGCGGCUCGACAUUUCGUUCGAAGGCCCGGGGCACAACGGACUCGCCACGAACGACCUCGUGCACUCGUUCGUCCACGAGCUCCCGGCGCUGACGCCGCUCAUGCUCGUCCUCAAGACGUUCAUCAUUGAGCGCGGACUCGGCGUCGCGUACACUGGGGGCCUCUCGUCGUACGCCCUCUUGCUGCUCGUCACGCGCUUCUUGCAAGAGUUUGCCGGCGGCAACUGCUUUGAGGCGACCGUCGCGACGCAGUGCAACCAGUCGGUCUCGGCGCAGAGCGCGUCAGACUUUGGCACGAUGCUAUUGGGCUUUAUGGACUUUUACGGCAACAAGCUGGACCCGCGCGCGACCGGCAUUAGCGUCGCAACGCGCUCGUUCUUGAGCCGCGAGCACCACCAGUACGGCCCGGUCGCGCCGGGCUGGCACGCGGUGCAGAUGGAGCACGUGCAGUUUGAAAACCUCAACUUGUCGUCGCCCGGGUCCCGUCGCCAGCACCUCCACCAUCGCGACAACUGGGCGACGUACGACUACGACCCGCACAAGUUUGAUCCGGUGUACAUUGAAGACCCGCUCCGACCGGCCAACAACGUCGGGCGCAACUGCUUUCGCAUCAUGCAGAUCCGCCGCGCGCUCGCGAAUGCAGCCGUGACGCUGACCGAGCCGACGCCGCUGCCGUCGUCGCCGUACGUCGGCGGCGUCGCGCUGCACCAAACCAACCUGCUCCGCAGCAUUCUCUCGUGCACGGCCGAGCCCAAGUGGAAGUGCUUUACGUACCCCCACUGGUCCUCGAGGCGGCCACCGCGCUGGCGUCGCCCGUGCGCCACACGCCGCGCGAGCGCACGGUGACGUCGGCCUCCAAGAGCAAGGACAAGCACAAGCCCAAGCGCCGCCACAGCGCGUGCGUGAACGAUCUCCUCACCAAGCCCGUGCUCGACGACGG